AUUACCCAUAAUCACCGCGGUGAUUCAACGCGUCACUAAAUCAACAUGGCGGCGACUAGGGCACUCGUAAGAGGUGUCCGAUUGGGUUCAUAUAGCAUCGGUAGAAGUCGCAGUUUAAUAUUUAACAGUGUACAGAGACGAGGAAUAGCAGCUUGCGUUGAUCCCUCUAUAGGACUCACAGAUGAACAGAAAGAGUUUCAGAAGGUGGCAUUUGACUUUGCUGCCAACGAGAUGGCACCACAUAUGGCAGAAUGGGACCAAAAGGAAAUGUUCCCGGUGGAGGCCAUGAGGAAAGCCGCCCAGCUGGGGUUUGGUGGGAUUUAUGUGAACCCUGAUGUUGGGGGGUCGGGACUCUCUCGUCUGGACACCUCUAUCAUAUUUGAGGCUUUAUCCACAGGCUGUGUCAGCACUACCGCAUACAUCAGUAUUCACAACAUGUGUGCCUGGAUGAUAGACACAUUUGGAAACAAUGAGCAGAGGGAGAAAUUCUGUCCUGAUCUCUGCUCUAUGCAGAAGUUUGCUUCAUACUGUCUCACAGAACCUGGUAGCGGGAGUGAUGCUGCUUCGCUUCUAACCAGCGCGAAACUCCAAGGAGAUCAUUAUAUCCUGAAUGGCACCAAGGCGUUCAUCAGUGGAGGUGGAGACACAGAUGUUUAUGUGGUCAUGUGCAGGACAGGUGGGAAGGGACCUAAGGGCAUCUCCUGCCUGGUGGUUGAAAAAGGGACCCCGGGACUCAGCUUUGGCAAAAAAGAGAAGAAGGUAGGUUGGAAUUCGCAGCCAACCCGAGCAGUGAUAUUUGAGGACUGCGCUGUCCCAGUGACCAAUCUGCUUGGAGCAGAGGGGGAGGGCUUCAACAUUGCCAUGAAAGGCCUAAAUGGAGGCAGAAUUAAUAUUGCUUCUUGCUCUCUUGGAGCAGCACACGCAUCUGUGCUUCUGGCCCGAGAUCACAUGUGUGUGCGGAAACAGUUUGGAGAAACACUAUCAAACAGCCAGUUCCUGCAGUUUAAGCUGGCUGAGAUGGCCACUAAGCUGGUAGCUUCUCGGCUGCUGGUGCGUCAGGCGGCGGUGGCUCUGCAGGAGGGGCGACCAGACGCGGUCUCGCUCUGCUCAAUGGCCAAACUCUUCGUGACAGAUGAAUGUUUUUCAAUAUGUAACCAGGCUUUACAGAUACAUGGAGGUUAUGGUUACCUAAAGGACUAUGCAGUGCAGCAGUACGUCAGAGACAUUAGAGUACAUCAGAUAUUGGAGGGUACAAAUGAAGUGAUGAGGAUGAUCAUUGCGAGAAGUUUGCUCACUGAAUCAUGAUGCUCAUGAAUGGAGUCCUGUACGGGACAAAACAGUUUGUGUCUUCAUUGUCUAAAAUGUCCAUCACAGGUAUAAGGUUGAGUGACUGUUAUAUAUUAAUAUGUCCCACAUGUGACUAUAGAGGUCACUGAUCUUUCACACUCCAGCGUCUGUUGAUUUUGAUCAUGAGAUGUCAACAGUAUUUAAUGCAGAAUGUUCAGAAAGAUUGUGCCUUAAACUUGUGAAUUAGUAACCAUUUUGUGUACAUAUAGAUAUCAGAUUAAUUCAGUAUUUAGUAUUCACUUUUUUAUCACAGACAGCUUGUCUUUGUGAGAUCGAUUUCAAAGCACAGAAAAUCCAAUUAGUUCAAGUGUGGCUUUACAUUGUUUGUCCUCAUUAUAGAGUUUGUAUAAAUCUGAUCCUAAUGUUGUUUUUAAAAUGACUUGUGACUUGAACUGUUGUGCACCCUGUGAAAUAAAAUUAAAAAAA